ACGAUUUUUCGAGCUUCUUUUUAAACCAUUUCCCCUGAUCGUUCGGUCAAAGACCACGUUUAAAUUUAGUUUUUUUGCAUUAUGGCGGUUAUAACAUCCCCAAAUGGAUACAUCUUCUACCACUACAUCCCCACACAGCCCGGCGCAAUCGUCGUCGCCGUGUUAUUCGCCCUGGGCACACUGGCCGUACUCUACAGGAGCAUCACCACACGCACGGCCUUCGCAAUCCCAUUCAUCAUCGGCGGCCUUCGUGAGUCUCCCCUUUAUCCUCAACCCGCGCAGAUAUCGUCAGUCUCAUCUGACACACCCUUCGCAGUCGAAGUCCUCGGUUACAUUGCGCGCGCCCUCGCCAAAACCACUACAUCCACACCCCUCCCGCCUUUCAUAAUGCAGAACAUUCUCCUACUCAUCGCGCCUGCACUCUUCGCCGCAUCGAUAUACAUGACGCUCGGCCGCGUCAUACGCAGUGUACGCGGCGAGGCUUACUCACUGAUACGUCCGGCAUAUCUCACGCGUUUCUUUGUGCUUCUUGAUGUCGUGUCGUUCUUCGCGCAGGGUACAGGGGGCGGGUUUCAGGCGAGCAGGAACUUUAACAAGACGACUGCGGAGUACAUCAUACUUGGCGGUCUGGUGGUGCAGAUCUUGGGGUUCGGGCUAUUUGCGGUAACGGCGGGGAUCUGGCAUGUGAGGAUGAGGAAAGUCCGAACAGCUACAACAGGGGCGAGUGGCAGAUGGGUUGGAGUUAUGAAGAUGUUGUAUGUGGUUAGUGGUCUGAUUAUGGUGAGGUCGGUGUUUCGAGUUGUGGAGUACGUGAUGGGCACGGACGGAUAUUUGCUGCGGCAUGAGUGGCCGUUGUAUGUUUUCGACGCUGUGCUCAUGAUGGGAACGGUUGGUGUGUUUGCGUGGUGGUAUCCCGGUCGGCUGGAUGUGGCUUCUUCUGGCGAAGAGCAUAAAGCAGAUGUUGGAAAUGAUGCUUGAUAGCAGAAGGGUUGUAUUUGGAUGGCUUGACAGCUGCUUGGAUUCUAGAGGAUAGGUG